AUGACAGAAGUAAUACCUUCGUUCUCACAGCAGCAGCAACAGCAGCAACCACAUCAGCAGCAGCAGACUGGCCCUUUAACCCGCUCAGCCAUGUCUGCUGCGAUGUUGGCAGGAGGGGGAAGCACACCGUCCACAUCUUCGUCCAUAAGAACAGCCGUCGGAGGCGGAGAGUCAGCAUCAAUACCGGCUGCAAGGGCCACAUCGACAAGACAAGACACUCACAUUGUGACCUCAGCUCCUCUUUUACCCUCUGGCCCUGCCCAUUCUACUCGUGGCUCUUCUUCUUUUUCUUCCUCUUCGCACGGGCAUAUUUUUCAGCUCGGCAGCGGGCCAAUAACUAGAAAGCGAGCGGCGUCCAUUAACACGGAGGAAGCCAACAACCAUUCACGGAUCGAAAGCUUGACCCUUCAGACACCUACAAGCAAUCCCAGUUCUUUUCACGGUGACCGUGUUCCAGAGGACAACGGUUCUGGACAGGAUCUUGUCUGUCUUUGCGCACCUCCACUGAAGAUUCCAAGACCAAGAAACGCUUUUAUACUCUAUCGCCAAGCCCAUCAAGCGACGAUUGUUCAACAAAAUCCUGGUCUCGCCAACCCGGAUAUUUCCAAGAUCAUUGGCGAGAACUGGAAGGCUGAGCCAGAAGAGUCCAAAAACAGGUGGAAAGAGCUGGCAGAGGCGGAAAAGCUGCGGCAUCAGACACAGUUUCCAGGCUAUCGAUAUCAGCCGAGAAGAGGAAACAAGAGUGGUGCUCCAUCAGGUAGAACAACUGCGCCAGGGCAAGAUCCACACAAGUGUCCAAACUGUGGAGGAAGAUACAUUGCCACUCCGAGAACACCAUCUACGCCAUUCAUGACUCCCACGGCGGCGAAACAGCCCCCUUUUCCAGGCGGAGGAGGCCAUACACCACCUCCGGGCUACCCUCGCCACCAGCAACCUCCACCGACGCCUGCUUCGGCAAGAGGAGCCGCUCGACCUCAAUGGGGACCACAAGGAAGUGGUGCCAACCUGUACGAUAUUCGUGAACACUACGAGGAUGCUUAUUCUCCGUCGGAAGCCAAGCGUAGGAGGUACAAUGCAGCAGGAAGCUACCAAAACUACCAUUCCCUACCAUCACCCCCUCCUCCACUACCUCAUUCAUACCCCGGGCCUCCCAGGGGGUCUGUGUCUCGAGCUUCGAUGAGCAUGAGUAGUUCGCCCACACCGGGUUACGGGCCUCCGCAACUGCCGGGUCCAUCUUCCAUGCUUGCUCGUGUCAGCCCAGGACCGAGCCCACUGUCAGGAGGUAGCAUCACGGGUAGUAUGGCUCCUCCACCCGUUCCCAGAGCCCCAAGUUUGUUGUUGUCCAUGUCAUCUCCGUACGGCCCUCCUUCACACCAAUACCCGCCACCGCCACCACAACAUCAAACAUACCUACACCAAUCCCAACAGCAACGCACGGGCUCAUUGUCGUCUGUUCUCUCCGGCGGUGCUUCCCAACCUCCAACUGGUGGUGAGUUUGACGAGUCCCUCCGCCUGCCUCCCCUCCAUCUGUCGACUUCAACGAGUAAUCCUUCUACUUCUCGAAUUCCAACCUCCCCAGACAAUGAGUCCGAAAUUGGAAGUGCCUACCCUUCCAGCACUAAAACCGCAUUCUAUUCUUCCCACCCACCUUCUGCCUUUUCUGGUCCCCAAAGCAACACCCGUCAAGACUCCAAGGAGGAGGAAGCCGCCCGACACAGCGUGGAAGCGAUGGUAAUGUCCAUUUCAUACAUCAACAAGCUCCGAGUUCUGGAACGAAUUUCUCCUCCUUUGGGUUCAGAUACCCAGAGAACUCGGAAGAAGAGGCGAGGCCCUAUAAUUGCUGUGGAAGGGGUUGAUCUGUCUUUGAUGAAGCUUGUAGGCGGUGUCAUCGAGCGUGCCCUGCGCCAGGAAAGAGGCGAGAACUGGGAUAUCAUGACAUGGAACGCCGCCGAUGACGAAUCGUCCGACGACGGGACAACAAAAGAGCGAACCGGUAGCUUCUCCAGCAGGGAAAGCAACGCCAGCAGCUCCAAGGUCGUCCUCGGCUCCAGAGCCGGUAGCACAACGCCGGUUCCGUUCCGCCAACCAUCCGACUCUAGCCCGUUCGAGACAUACCUCCGCACCAUCACAAAGUGGCACGCCAAAUCGAACGAGAUUGUCUCGUUUGUCACUUCCCCGCAGGGCUCCUCCCCGUCGGCGAGCCACCCCUCGUCGGAUACCGAGUCGAUGACGCCCACCCCUCGACACCGGCAUCCUCUGCCUAGUCAUGCGUCAUCCCCAAAGGUGCCCAUCGCGCUUCUUCCUAGCGGGUUUAGCUUGACGCUGUCGGAUAAGUUUGCUUGUCAAACACCCAUUAGUGAUUCAUAUGCGCCGGUGGAUCACUGGCAGUGGAUGGCUACGCUUUGGAGGGGCGUUGCUGGGGCGGAUUUGGUGGUUUAUGUCAAGGGGAUUUAUCAGCAGCAGCAUCAGCAGCAGCAUCAGUCGUCGAACUUCUCGCCGAAGGAGCAGCAGCAACAGGGGGGAGGUGUGGAGAUCAAGGCUGGGGGGUUGAUUGCGGUCAAGAUUCCUGUUUUGAUGUCUCAGGAGGGGGGGAGCAGUAGUCAGGGGGAGCAGCAGCAGGUUGUGGUUGAUGAGAAGAUUGAGAGGAGGCUUGGGUUUGAGGUUGUGGAGUGGGUUAGGGGAGGGAGUUGGCUGGGACAAGGAGGGCAGCAGCAGCAGGGGGAGGCGAUGGAGUUUUAG